GGCCGCCGAGCGGGAGCGAGGGCGCUGGGGGAGGAAUCGCGCCUUGCGGCGGUUGAUUAGUUAGGCCUCAGGAAGAUGGCGUCCUCGGAGCAGGCAGAGCAGCCGAACCAGCCAAGCUCUACUCCAGGAAGUGAGAAUGUGGUGCCCCGAGAGCCGCUGGGUAAGUGGUAGGAGAUGUGCUGUUCUCAUCUCCUGCCCAAGACCUACAUGGCCAUCCACAUUUCCUCUGGUACCUGGUACAUGUAUCACAGCUGCAGAGACUGCUAUUGCCACAGCAGUGAAGUUUCUACAGAAUUCCCGGGUCCGUCAGAGUCCGCUUGCAACCAGGAGAGCAUUUCUUAAGAAGAAAGGGCUGACAGAUGAAGAGAUUGAUCUGGCUUUCCAGCAGUCGGGCACUGCUGCUGAUGAGCCUUCGUCCUUGGGCCCUGUCACACAGGUGGUUCCUGUUCAGCCCCCUCACCUCACACCGCAGCUAUACAGCUCUGGAGGCUCCCGAUGGCGAGAUUAUGGUGCCUUGGCCAUCAUCAUGGCAGGAAUUGCAUUUGGCUUUCACCAGCUCUACAAGAAGUACCUGCUGCCCCUCAUCCUGGGCGGCCGGGAGGACAGGAAGCAGCUGGAGAGGAUGGCGACGAGCCUCUCGGAGCUGAGUGGCAGCGUGGCCCAGACAGUGACUCAGGUACAGACGACGCUGGCCUCUGUCCAGGAGCUGCUGAGGCAGCAGCAGCAGAAGGUCCAGGAGCUGGCCCAUGAGCUGGCCACCGCUAAGGCCACCACAUCUACCAAUUGGAUCCUGGAGUCGCAGAAUAUCAAUGAACUCAAGUCGGAAAUCAACUCCUUGAAGGCACUUCUUUUAAACCGGAGACAGUUCCCCCCGUCCCCGUCAGCGCCGAAGAUCCCGUCCUGGCAGAUCCCGGUCAAGUCGCCCUCCCCCUCCAGCCCCGCCGCCGUGAACCACCACAGCAGCAGCGACAUUUCACCGGUCAGCAACGAGUCCUCCGCCUCCUCCCCCGGGAAGGAGAGCCACAGCCCCGAGGGCUCCACGGCCGCCUACCACCUGCUGGGCCCCCAGGAGGAAGGCGAGGGGGUGGUGGAUGUGAAGGGCCAGGUGAGGAUGGAGGUGCAGGGGGAGGAGGAGAAGAGGGAGGACAAGGAGGACGAGGAGGACGAGGAGGAUGACGACGUGAGCCACGUGGAUGAGGAGGAUGUCUUGGGGGUGCAAAGGGAGGACCGGCGAGGUGGGGACGGGCAGAUCAACGAGCAGGUAGAGAAGCUGCGGCGGCCGGAGGGCGCCAGUAACGAGAACGAGCGGGACUAGGGCGCCGCCGCCUCUCCAGCGCCCGGCCCCGCCUCUUCCUCUGGCCCUGAGGGGCUGAGCCGCCUCCAGCCGUGGCAGCAUCGGGGGCCACGUGCCCGUCCCCCAGCCCCAGCCCGCACCUGCCUCUCCUCACCCCAGCUCUCCACUCGCCCCGCUCCUCCCCGGUGGGCCUCCUGUCCAGUGUGUGUGUGCGAGUGUGUGCGCGUGUGUGCGUGUGUGUGUGCGCGUGUGUCAAAUGUGACAUCGUGCAUGGCCUCCUGGGGGAGGAGCUGCUGUCCUCUGGUCCCUGCUGUCCCCAUCCCAUCCCCGGGACCUGGCCUGCACCCCCUUCUUCGCCCUGUUCUCAAAAGGCAGAGCCUGGGCCCCUGUCCCUCUCCAGGGCCUGUUGGGGGGCCCGGCUGCCCCCCCCCCCCCGGCCUGACCGAUGCUCCCUCGGGCGCCUGCCCCCACCCCGCCCCCGUGCUCUGCCCGUCCACACUCGAAGGCACGCCGCGCUCGCCCCGGCCCCUCGCCCCGACCAGCCCGCAGGGCCUUGCUGACCAACAGCCACGCCUGCUCUUCCCACCGAAAACCACAUGUUCAUUCGUGUGAUCAUGUAUAGAUUAUGACUGUAUAUAAUUGUAAUAAAUACGAGUUGCCACUAUUUAA